UUCGUUUUUGUUCCAUGAAAAAUUCCAGGUGCUUUCUGAAGAAUCUCUUUCCCAUGUGCAAGUCUGACGCUGGUCAGUCAGUCCUGCUCACCCGUGAAGCAGAGCAUAGAGCUCCGGAUGGAGAAGAAAGAGGAGACAGUAGCAAGGGACCCAGAGUUACAGUCUUUGCUCCUAAGACAGAAACUCAGAGAAAAGCAACAGUGACAAUGGCUGCUUCUCCAAUAAAUGCUAUCCAGGGUCUGUUGACAUUCAGGAAUGUGGCUGUGAACUUUUCCCAAGAGGAGUGGGAAUGUCUAGACUCAUCUCAAAGGGCUCUGUACAUGGAUGUAAUGUGGGAGAAUUACAGCAAUCUAGUUUUUGUAGAGAACCAUUGUAUUUGUGGUAAAUAUAAGAAUGUCUUGAAUCGAAGCUCAAAGCAUAUUGUCCAUGAGGAUGUGAAUACCCAAGAGAAGUCUCACAAAUGUUAUGAGCUGGGCAAAACGAUUCAUGAAUCCUUCCAGUGUAUACCCUAUACCACAAAUGGUACUAUAGAAAACUGCAAGAACUACAGAAGUGAUUACCAUAGGGAUACUUCUACUGAGUCAUCAAACCUAAAGAGACAUGAAAGUAGGAACACUGCAGAAGAACACUAUAAAUAUAAAGAUUAUGGAAAGUGUUUAUAUAUAUGUUCCACCAUUAGCCAGUCUCAACGAAUUCAUACUGGAAAGGGUGAAAACAAAAAUUCAGAUUAUGAUGAACUUUUUGACUCUAAACAUGAACUUACAAUGAAACUAAUCCAUAAUGGAAAGAAACCACACCAAUGCAGAAAAUGUGGAAAAUGCUUCAGGACCUAUUUGAGUCUCAGUAAACAUCAGAGAACGCAUCCUGGAGAAAAACCCUAUAAGUUCAUAGAAUGUGAUAAGUCUUCUUUGCAUUUGUCACACCAUAAAGUACACAACACCCAUUAUAGAGGAAAACCCUACAAAUGUACAGAAUGUGGCAAGUGCUUUUAUCAUUCAUCAGGCUUUAAAAGAUGUUGUAGAAUCCACACUGGAGAGGAGACUUACAAAUGUAAAAAUUGUAGAAAAUCCUUUAUCUGUUGCUCAGUUCUUAGAAAACAUCAGAAAAUUCAUGGAAGAGAGAGGCCUUAUAAAUGUAAACAAUGUAGUAAGUCAUUCUAUACAUUGUCACACCUUGAAUACCAUUAUAGACGGCACAGUGGAGAGAAACUUUACAAAUGUAAUGAGUGUGGCAAAUCCCUUUCUACCUCCUCAAGUCUUAAAAAACAUCAGAGAAUUCAUACAGGAGAGAAAAUUUACAAAUGUAGUGAAUGUGGGAAAUCCUUCACCUUUCGCACAUCUCUUAGACUGCAUCAAAGAAUUCAUACUGGAGAGAAACCUUACAAAUGCAAUGAAUGUGGCAAAUGCUUUAUCCAGAAAGUCAACCUUAGAACACAUCAGACAAUUCAUUCAGGAGAGAAACCUUACAAAUGUAGUGAAUGUGGGAAAUCCUUUACUGUUGGCUCUGGUCUUAGAAGACACCAGACAGUUCAUACUGGAGAGAAACCUUAUAAAUGUAGUGAAUGUGGGAAAUCCUUUACCAUUGUCUCAGACCUUAGAAACCACCAGAAAAUUCAUACUGGAGAGAAACCUCACAAAUGCAGUGAAUGUGAUAAGUGCUUCAUCUGGAAAGCUGAUCUUAGAACCCAUCAGAAAGUCCAUACAGGAGAGAAACCUUACAAAUGCAAUGAAUGUGGAAAAUCAUUUACCACUGGCUCAGGUCUUAGGAGACAUGAGAGAAUUCAUACAGGAGAGAAACCUUACAAAUGCAGUGAAUGUGACAAAUAUUUUGUUCAGAAAACCAACCUUAGAAGACAUCAGAGAAUCCACACAGGAGAGAAACCUUAUAACUGUAGUGAAUGUGGGAAAUCUUUUAAUACGGACUCAUAUCUUAGAAUACAUCAGAAAAUUCAUACUGGAGAGAGACCAUACAAAUGUAGUGAAUGUGACAAAUACUUUAUCCAGAAAGCCAAGCUUAGAAUACAUCAGAAAAUUCACACAGGAGAGAAACCUUAUAACUGUAGUGAAUGUGACAAAUGCUUUAUCCAGAAAGGCAAUCUGAUAAGUCAUCAGAGAAUACAUACAGGAGAGAAACCUUACAAAUGUAGUGGAUGUGAAAAAUCCUUUACCAUUGGCUCAGUUCUUAGAAAACAUGAGAAAAUUCAUACCGGAAGAAACACACUAAUCCUUUAUUCAGGAAGCCAGGUUUAAAACUCAUUAAUGAAUUAAUACAGGAGAGAACCUUACAAAUAUAGUGUAUAUAGCAAAGUCUUUACCACUCUCAGGUCUAAGAAAUGAGUAAAUUCAAAUGGGAGACUAAAGUUUCCAAAUUAAAUAAUGUGGCCUAUGCUUUAUACAAUCUCUGUCCUUGUGGACUAAGGCAGACUCCACACUAGAGAAUGAUUAUGAGCAUGAGAAUCUUGUGAAAGCCUUUAUGUGAUGUUCCAGUCUUAGGAAAAAAAAAAAAAAAUUAAGACUUUACACUGAGGAAAAAUUCAGGAAGUGUGACAUUGUAGGAAAAUUUUAUUCAAGUAUUUUUACUUUUUCACCCUCAAAUACUUCAUAAUGAAGACAAAAUGAAGAAGCCUGAAGAAUGUGUGUUGUGUAGCAGUUUUGUGGAGCCUGAAGCAUUCCAUCCUUCAGGGAAACUGAUUAAGAUAGGAAAUAAAUCAUUCAAAAUAGCUUCAAGAAUUUCCCGAAACUGACAGGAUUCACUAUGCUUAAUACCACUGAAAAAAACUUAUCAGUCUUGAUGCUUAGAAGAGGCUUUGAUGAAUUGAGCCAGUAAAGUAUGAUGCCCUUCACCACAUAGAUAUGCUGACAGGUGUGUAUGCUGUGGAUGUCCACUGUUCAAAUGUUGUAUUUCAUGCUCUCUUGGAAUUUCAUGAUGGCAACUUUUGCUCUUGUAAGCAACUCCAGUCCCUAUUUAUGUAAGUAACCACAAUAAAGCUCAUUGGUUCAAUAAGAUGGAUUUCAGUGGCAAGUAUACAAAUAAAGCCUGCCUGGGGGUCAGAGAAUGGAGCUUGCCACUAGCUAACCAUAGAGGUCUGAAGGUCUGUACAGACAGACAGGAAGUGAGGUAGCUGGGCAGAAACAGGAUAUAAGUAGGGAGAAAUAGGAUGCUAAGGAGGUAAGGUGUGCUGUGGUUUGCUCCUUCUCUCUGAUCUCUUAGCAUUUCCCUCUA